GUUAUUUUUCUCAAUCAAUAAUAUGUUCCAUUAUUACUGACAGAUUGCGAAACUAUGGCGGAUUUCACCACAGUGGUGCAAGCGACCCCCGUGCUAUAUUAGUUGUAGGCCCCAGCUCGGCCUUUUCUACCAGGCUUCGCUUUGAACAAGAUGCCACUCGCGAAAGACCUUCUCCACCCCUCCCUUGAGGAGGAAAAGCAAAAAUGUAAACUGAAGCGUUUGGUGCAGUCACCCAACAGCUAUUUCAUGGACGUCAAGUGUCCAGGUUGCUACAAGAUUACAACUGUAUUCAGUCAUGCACAGACUGUUGUGCUGUGCGUGGGCUGCUCCACAGUGCUGUGCCAACCCACAGGGGGCAAGGCUAGGCUAACUGAAGGUUGCUCUUUCCGCCGGAAGCAGCACUAAGUUGGAGAAAGAAGAAAAAAAUGGAAAACCCCAGAGGUUCUGUUUAUCAGGCUUGUAAUUAACAUAUAAAUAAACAUUACGUCGUCCUCUGGGAUA